AUUUUUGGGAGAGCCACUGUUGGGUCAUAAAGAUAAACUGUGGCCAAAAUCAUUUGGCCAAUCUCUGGAUUAUGCAGAGAUCAGAAUCUAAAACAUCAUUUAUGAAGAGAGAGAACUAGAGCCAAGAAGGACUCUCUCAAAGGUACAAAAACCAGUGGAUGUGUGAGAAUUGGACUCUGAGGUCUCCACAGCAAGAAAAGAAGGUCCACGAGAAAUCUAAAUCCAGCCACAUACAGACUUUUCCGACAGAAAAAGCCAACCAAGAUGACUCAAUGGUCCAGUUAUCUGUUGGGAUGGAUGACCUUUCUCCUCUAUUUCUAUGAGACAAGUGGACAGCUGAACGAAAACUGUGUUUUUCCUUUUAUCUACAAGGGAUCUAUUUACUUCACUUGCACCAAAAUCAAUAGCUUCCUGCCUUGGUGUUCGACCAGAGCGGUUUAUGAUGGCAGGUGGAAGUACUGUCUGAUAGAAGAUUAUCCACGAUGUGUCUUCCCCUUCAUCUUUCGUGGAAAGACCCGUAACAGCUGCAUCUCAGACGGCAGCCUCACAGGAAAGAUGUGGUGCUCAGUCACAUCCAGCUUUGAUGAGAAGCAGCAGUGGAAAUACUGUGAGAUGAAUGAGUACGGAGGAAAUUCUUUCAGCAAGCCCUGCAUCUUCCCCUCCAAGUACAGAAAUAGCGUGAUCUCAGAAUGCCUUGAGGAUAACAGCAACAAGCUCUGGUGCCCAACCACAGAGGACAUGGAUAAAGAUGGAAAGUGGAGCUUCUGUGCAGACACCAGACUUUCCUCAUCUGGUCCUGGUUUUCCCUGCCACUUUCCAUUCAACUAUAAAAACAAGAAUUAUUUUAACUGCACCAACAAAGGAUCGAAAAAUAACCUCACAUGGUGUGCAACUUCUUACAACUAUGACCAGGAUCACACCUGGGUAUACUGCUGAUGCUAAGGGAGAAGAAAAACAUCUUCAGAGGAAGACUGCCACAUUGAGGCUGGAAUCCUGUCUAUCUUUUGCAUUGCACCUUCAAAACCUACAAAAUCACUCUUAGAAAUACCACACACUUAGUUCUUCAGUCUUUACUGAAGAUCAGAGGGAAAAUGUGGCCUAAUCACCAAUAAAGGUGUCCUAAAUCAA